AUGGAAUGUGAAAACGUAAAUAGGAUUCAUCGAGGAGAAAAUACUCUCUACAUAGCGCAUUUUGGUGAGUGUUUUAACUGCCUUUGUCCUGACGUUUAUGAUCCAGUUUGCGCCACGGAUGGUAAAACCUACAAGAACACAUGCGCUUUAGAAUGCAUAAAUGAAGACCGUGAUAUUCAAGGCUUACUAGCCUUGAAAGUUGUAAAAAAAGGCCAGUGCACUUUAUGUGCAUGCCCAAAAAAUUACAAUCCCGUUUGCGCCAGCAACGAAAACACUUAUGAUAACAACUGCGAACUUACUUGCGAGAACAAUAGUAGAAAAACACAAGGACAACCACCACUGAUUAUAGUCAAUAAGGGUGGAUGCGACAGUUGCGUUUGUACCGACAUCUAUGAUCCAGUUUGUGCCAGCGACGGUAAGACGUAUAGCAACAACUGCACACUUGACUGCGAGAACAAGAAGAGAAAAUCACAAGGACAACCACAUCUGACUAUCGUCAAUAAGGGUGUAUGCGACAGCUGCGUUUGUACUGACAUCUAUGAUCCAGUUUGUGCCAGUGAUGGUAAAAUGUAUAGCAACAACUGUACACUUGACUGCGAGAACAAGAAGAGAAAAUCACAAGGACAACCACCACUGACUAUUGUCAAUAAAGGUGAAUGCGACAGUUGUGUUUGUCCCGCAAUUUAUGAACCAGUUUGUGCCAGCGACAGCAAAACGUAUAGCAACAAUUGCGUACUCGACUGCGAGAACAAGAAGAGAAAAUCACAAGGACAACCACCACUGACUAUCGUCAAUAAGGGUGUAUGCGACAGCUGCGUUUGUACCGACAUCUAUGAUCCAGUUUGUGCCAGCGACGGUAAGACGUAUAGCAACAACUGCACACUUGACUGCGAGAACAGGAAGAGAAAAUCACAAGGACAACCACCACUGAGUAUCGUCAAUAAAGGUGAAUGCGACAGUUGUGUUUGUCCCGCUAUUUAUGAACCAGUUUGUGCCAGCGACGGCAAAACGUAUGGCAACAACUGCACACUUGGCUGUGAGAACAAGAAGCGAAAAUCACAAGGACAACCACCACUGACUAUCGUCAAUAAGGGUGUAUGCGACAGCUGCGUUUGUACCGACAUCUAUGAUCCAGUUUGUGCCAGCGACGGUAAGACGUAUAGCAACAACUGCAACCUUGACUGCGAGAACAGGAAGAGAAAAUCACAAGGACAACCACUACUGACUAUCGUCAAUAAGGGUGUAUGCGACAGUUGCGUUUGUACCAAGAUCUUUGAUCCAGUUUGUGCCAGCGACGGCAAGACGUAUGGCAACAACUGCACACUUGGCUGCGAGAACAAGAAGCGAAAAUCACAAGGACAACCACCACUGACUAUCGUCAAUAAGGGUGUAUGCGACAGCUGCGUUUGUACCGACAUCUAUGAUCCAGUUUGUGCCAGCGACGGCAAAACGUAUAGCAACAACUGCACACUUGGCUGCGAGAACAAGAAGAGAAAAUCACAAGGACAACCACCACUGACUAUCGUCAAUAAAGGUGUAUGCGACAGUUGCGUUUGUACCAAGAUCUUUGAUCCAGUUUGUGCCAGCGACGGCAAGACGUAUGGCAACAACUGCACACUUGGCUGUGAGAACAAGAAGCGAAAAUCACAAGGACAACCACCACUGACUAUCGUCAAUAAGGGUGUAUGCGACAGCUGCGUUUGUACCGACAUCUAUGAUCCAGUUUGUGCCAGCGACGGCAAAACUUAUAGCAACAACUGCACACUUGGCUGCGAGAACAAGAAGAGAAAAUCACAAGGACAACCACCACUGACUAUCGUCAAUAAAGGUGUAUGCGACAGUUGUGUUUGUCCCGCUAUUUAUGAACCAGUUUGUGCCAGCGACGGCAAGACGUAUGGCAACAACUGCACACUUGGCUGUGAGAACAAGAAGCGAAAAUCACAAGGACAACCACCACUGACUAUUGUCAAUAAAGGUGAAUGCGACAGUUGUGUUUGUCCCGCUAUUUAUGAACCAGUUUGUGCCAGCGACGGCAAAACGUAUGGCAACAACUGCGCACUCGACUGCGAGAACAAGAAGAGAAAAUCACAAGGACAACCACCACUGACUAUCGUCAAUAAAGGUGAAUGCGACAGUUGUGUUUGUCCCGCUAUUUAUGAACCAGUUUGUGCCAGCGACGGUAAGACGUAUAGCAACAACUGCACACUUGACUGCGAGAACAGGAAGAGAAAAUCACAAGGACAACCACCACUGACUAUUGUCAAUAAAGGUGAAUGCGACAGUUGUGUUUGUCCCGCUAUUUAUGAACCAGUUUGUGCCAGCGACGGCAAAACGUAUGGCAACAACUGCGCACUCGACUGCGAGAACAAGAAGAGAAUAUCACAAGGAAAACCACCACUGACUAUUGUCAAUAAAGGUGAAUGCGACAGUUGUGUUUGUCCCGCUAUUUAUGAACCAGUUUGUGCCAGCGACAGCAAAACGUAUAGCAACAACUGCACACUUGGCUGCGAGAACAAGAAGAGAAAAUCACAAGGACAACCACCACUGACUAUCGUCAAUAAAGGUGUAUGCGACAGCUGCGUUUGUACCAACAUCUAUGAUCCAGUUUGUGCCAGCGACGGUAAGACGUAUAGCAACAACUGCACACUUGACUGCGAGAACAAGAAGAGAAAAUCACAAGGACGACCACCACUGACUAUCGUCAAAAAAGGUGUAUGCGAAAGUUGCGUUUGUACCAAGAUCUAUGAUCCAGUUUGUGCCAGUGAUGGUAAAACGUAUAGCAACAACUGCACACUUGGCUGUGAGAACAAGAAGCGAAAAUCACAAGGACAACCACCACUGACUAUUGUCAAUAAAGGUGAAUGCGACAGUUGUGUUUGUACCGACAUCUAUGAUCCAGUUUGUGCCAGCGACGGUAAGACGUAUAGCAACAACUGCACACUUGACUGCGAGAACAGGAAGAGAAAAUCACAAGGACAACCACCACUGAGUAUCGUCAAUAAGGGUGUAUGCGACAGCUGCGUUUGUACCAACAUCUAUGAUCCAGUUUGUGCCAGCGACAGUAAGACGUAUAGCAACAAUUGCACUUUAGGCUGUGAGAACCAGAAGCGAAAAUCACAAGGACAACCACAACUGACUAUUGUCAAUAAAGGUGAAUGCGACAGUUGUGUUUGUCCCGCUAUUUAUGAACCAGUUUGUGCCAGCGACAGCAAAACGUAUAGCAACAAUUGUGUACUCGACUGCGAGAACAAGAAGAGAAAAUCACAAGGACAACCACCACUGACUAUCGUCAAUAAGGGUGUAUGCGACAGCUGCGUUUGUACCGACAUCUAUGAUCCAGUUUGUGCCAGCGACGGCAAAACUUAUAGCAACAACUGCACACUUGGCUGCGAGAACAAGAAGAGAAAAUCACAAGGACAACCACCACUGACUAUCGUCAAUAAAGGUGUAUGCGACAGUUGUGUUUGUCCCGCUAUUUAUGAACCAGUUUGUGCCAGCGACGGCAAAACGUAUGGCAACAACUGCACACUUGGCUGUGAAAACAAGAAGCGAAAAUCACAAGGACAACCACCACUGACUAUCGUCAAUAAAGGUGUAUGCGACAGCUGCGUUUGUACAGACAUCUAUGAUCCAGUUUGUGCCAGCGACGGUAAGACGUAUAGCAACAACUGCACACUUGACUGCGAGAACAGGAAGAGAAAAUCACAAGGACAACCACCACUGACUAUCGUCAAUAAAGGUGAAUGCGACAGUUGCGUUUGUACCAAGAUCUUUGAUCCAGUUUGUGCCAGCGACGGCAAGACGUAUGGCAACAACUGCACACUUGGCUGUGAGAACAAGAAGCGAAAAUCACAAGGACAACCACCACUGACUAUCGUCAAUAAGGGUGUAUGCGACAGCUGCGUUUGUACCGACAUCUAUGAUCCAGUUUGUGCCAGCGACGGCAAAACUUAUAGCAACAACUGCACACUUGGCUGCGAGAACAAGAAGAGAAAAUCACAAGGACAACCACCACUGACUAUCGUCAAUAAAGGUGUAUGCGACAGUUGUGUUUGUCCCGCUAUUUAUGAACCAGUUUGUGCCAGCGACGGCAAGACGUAUGGCAACAACUGCACACUUGGCUGUGAGAACAAGAAGCGAAAAUCACAAGGACAACCACCACUGACUAUCGUCAAUAAGGGUGUAUGCGACAGCUGCGUUUGUACCGACAUCUAUGAUCCAGUUUGUGCCAGCGACGGUAAGACGUAUAGCAACAACUGCACACUUGGCUGCGAGAACAAGAAGCGAAAAUCACAAGGACAACCACCACUGACUAUCGUCAAUAAAGGUGAAUGCGACAGUUGCGUUUGUACCAAGAUCUUUGAUCCAGUUUGUGCCAGCGACGGUAAGACGUAUAGCAACAACUGCACACUUGGCUGUGAGAACAAGAAGCGAAAAUCACAAGGACAACCACCACUGACUAUUGUCAAUAAAGGUGAAUGCGACAGUUGUGUUUGUCCCGCUAUUUAUGAACCAGUUUGUGCCAGCGACGGCAAAACGUAUGGCAACAACUGCACACUUGGCUGUGAAAACAAGAAGCGAAAAUCACAAGGACAACCACCACUGACUAUCGUCAAUAAAGGUGAAUGCGACAGUUGUGUUUGUCCCGCUAUUUAUGAACCAGUUUGUGCCAGCGACGGCAAGACGUAUGGCAACAACUGCACACUUGGCUGUGAAAACAAGAAGCGAAAAUCACAAGGACAACCACCACUGACUAUCGUCAAUAAGGGUGUAUGCGACAGCUGCGUUUGUACCGACAUCUAUGAUCCAGUUUGUACCAGCGACGGUAAGACGUAUAGCAACAACUGCACUUUAGGCUGCGAGAACAAGAAGAGAAAAUCACAAGGACAACCACUACUGACUAUCGUCAAUAAGGGUGUAUGCGACAGUUGCGUUUGUACCAAGAUCUUUGAUCCAGUUUGUGCCAGCGACGGCAAAACGUAUGGCAACAACUGCACACUUGGCUGUGAGAACAAGAAGCGAAAAUCACAAGGACAACCACCACUGACUAUCGUCAAUAAGGGUGUAUGCGACAGCUGCGUUUGUACCGACAUCUAUGAUCCAGUUUGUGCCAGCGACGUCAAAACGUAUAGCAACAACUGCACACUUGAUUGCGAGAACAAGAAGAGAAAAUCACAAGGACAACCACCACUGACUAUCGUCAAUAAAGGUGAAUGCGACAGUUGUGUUUGUCCCGCUAUUUAUGAACCAGUUUGUGCCAGCGACGGCAAAACGUAUGGCAACAACUGCACACUUGGCUGUGAAAACAAGAAGCGAAAAUCACAAGGACAACCACCACUGACUAUCGUCAAUAAAGGUGUAUGCGACAGCUGCGUUUGUACAGACAUCUAUGAUCCAGUUUGUGCCAGCGACGGUAAGACGUAUAGCAACAACUGCAACCUUGACUGCGAGAACAGGAAGAGAAAAUCACAAGGACAACCACCACUGACUAUCGUCAAUAAGGUGUAUGCGACAGUUGCGUUUGUACCAAGAUCUUUGAUCCAGUUUGUGCCAGCGACGGUAAGACGUAUAACAACAAAUGCAUACUUGAUUGCGAGAACAAAAAGCGGAAAUCAAAGGGACAAUCACUAC